GAGGGACUGGUGCCACGCUCCCAUCCCUGUGCUCCUUCAACAACAACACUGGUCCUUCAGCACCUGUGCCAACAGCAGCGAGUCGCGUGACCCAGCUUCAGGCCCACCGGCUUCACCUGUACAUGGAGACCCCCAGCUGGGCAGGAAACACAUUGUGUAAGUCAGGAAGCAUUGCUGUCUUUGGGAACGUGGUAUACAGCGGACUGCUGAACGAUCACCUCUGGCAUUUGGGAGUGCCCCUCUUUACAAGACUGGGUAACCAAGAGGCCACCAACCCCCCAGAAGCGAUGGCCCAGCCGUACACCCCAGCCCAGUACCCGCCUCCCCCACAGAAUGGCAUUCCCGCAGAGUUCGCGGCACCGCACCCGCUUCCGACGCAGGACUACACCGGGCAGAGCCGGGUGCCCGAGCAUGCCAUGACCCUCUACACGCCCACACAGACGCACAGCGAGCCGGCCGGCACUGACAACAGCACGCCCGCCAUCACCGCCACCACGACCGCACCGGUCAGUGUUCUUCAUGAUCUGCAAACACUGUUCUCAACACGCUGUCAGCAAACAGAUGAUGUGACGCAAACAGAGGGCUCUCAGCAGCUCCAGCUCCAGCACUCAGACUCUUCAGAGAAACAGCAGCCCAAAAGGUUACAUGUCUCCAACAUUCCCUUCCGCUUCCGGGACCCUGACCUAAGGCAAAUGUUUGGGCAAUUUGGAAAGAUUUUAGAUGUGGAGAUUAUCUUUAAUGAGCGAGGAUCCAAGGGCUUUGGGUUUGUAACUUUUGAAACAAGCACAGAUGCUGAUCGUGCACGGGAGAAACUAAACGGUACAAUCGUAGAGGGACGCAAAAUAGAGGUGAACAACGCAACAGCACGAGUGAUGACAAACAAAAAAGUGGCCAACCCGUACACGAAUGGCUGGAAGCUGAAUCCAGUGGUAGGAGCUGUCUAUGGUCCUGAACUGUAUGCCGUAACAGGAUUUCCCUACCCUGCCACAGGCGCUACGGUGGCCUAUAGGGGUGCCCACUUGCGGGGACGGGGACGGGCUGUGUACAACACAUUCCGCACAGCUCCACCUCCACCACCAAUCCCAGCUUACGGAGCGGUGGUGUACCAAGAUGGCUUCUAUGGUGCAGAGAUCUAUGGUGGCUAUGCAGCAUACAGAUUUGCCCAACCCACCACCACCGCUGCUUACAGUGACAGCUAUGGCAGAGUCUAUGCAACAGCAGACCCUUAUCACCACACGAUUGGCCCUGCAGCCACAUACAGUGUGGGGACCAUGGCUAGCCUAUACAGAGGAGGGUACAGUCGCUUCACUCCCUACUAAAAGAAAGAAAAAAGCGAGCAAAGACAGAGACAUUACCCCAACAAACAAACAAAAAAAAAACCCUC